CGCGUCAUUCUGCACACGGACGGCGUCAAGAGGUACAUGAUCAAGUUGGACGGCGUGAAGCACGACUACGUCGCCCACUGCCGCAAGCGCGUCAAGGUCAACGGGAAGCACAUCUGGGUCAGGCCGAAGUACGCCAAGCCCCGCUACCACAACAUUGCCGAGGACGGCGCGCCCAAAAAGAAACUGCGGGCGAUGGCUGGGACUCAGCAACUCAGCGCCCGUUUAGCUGGUCUAGCAUUCGCAUCAUCGAUGGGGGACAUCAUCGGCGGCGACGAGUCCGCGACUGACCAGAUCGAGAACACGUGGCUGCACAUGGCGGUCGUGCAGCCCUGCACGCGCCUCACCAAACCAGAUCGUUUCCAGUCGGAUCCCCCCGCGGCGUUUCGCCUCCGCGACAUGCCCCUCCAGUGCACUGACAACGUCGUGAAUCCCAAGCAUUUGGCCGACUGGGUGACGCUGGAGGAAGGUGCUGCGCAGCAACUGGAUACUGUUGAGGUCUAUGACGCCAUGUGCGGCGGCAGUUACAUGGCGCUACCAGCCCCGUUCAGAUCGAACAAGGACCCUGGCGAGAUCGCAUUCACAAUGCAGCUCUACACCCUGCCGAAAGAAGACAACGGUCGGCAGUUCGCUGUGAAAUACAUCAAGUUCGAGAAGGCCACGCGGGCGGACAUCGCGAAGGAGAGGACACUCGAGCGCUGGGCGGUCACUCUCAAGCGGUUUGACCCGUUCCUGUUCGACCGCAUCGUCGCCCCCAUCCUUAGGGGCCACGACGUCCAUGGGGCCAUGCGGAUCGGAAAGACCAGGGUCGGCAAACCCACAGCAUCCAAAACGAUCGGCUUCGCUAUUUCUGCCGACCAGAUUGAGAAGCACCGCCGCGCUGACCUCCGCCCGAGAGUCAUCACGGUGAAGACGAUCGACUUCCUGCGCUUGGAGCCUGGGACCAUGUUCAAGCCCGCCAUCGCAGACGAUGCCGUGCUGGCCAAGUGGGACCCCGACGAGAUCAAGGCUCUCCUCGACCCCGCCGAGGAAGACGCGCUGCUUUGGGCGAGGCGGCGGCGCGCGGGGAACAUGCAUUUCUUGGAAACAAAAUUGUUUAAACGCAUCCAAAUUACGCUGGUAAGUUUACCAGGGCCUUUUUUUGUUGUAGUUUUCCGCGCGCUGCACAGAUGGGGCGGCGCCUCUUUCGAGCAGAACCAGUCCCGCCAGAUCUGUGUCAAUCCGUGCAACGAGGAGUUCGAGGCGACGGUCAAGUCCGUGAGCAGGGAGAAGGAAGAGGUAGCAUUUAGUGACUUCAUCAAGACCAUCGAAUGCAAUUUCAUCGGCGAAAAGCAGCGCAGCUACAAGAUGGCGGACGUGGAUGCGUGCAUGGCGAGGUCCAACGUCGUGCUCCUCUCGCCGAAAUGGGUGUACUUUCGGGCGGCAUCCACGACGAAGGAGCCAGUCCCUCGCUUUCCGUGGCCAGUGCCCGCGAAGCCAGAUCUCUUCACGCCCGAGACGCACGACAUCCUCAAGGCAUUCAAGAAAUACCAGACUCGCGUUCCAUCCGACUACGACCAGCACAUGAGGUGGGCCGUGGCCGCCAUGAAGAAGUUUGCGCGGGGCGAGGAGCUCGGGCAGUCAUCGGCGGUCCGUGGCCCCACGCUCUUCGACCAGGACGCGCCCGCGAGAUACAACUUCCCAGCGGUGGCCACGCAGCCGCCGAGCGGCAGGCAGGGGAGCGAAUGGUUCCCGCGAGCGGCCGCUGGUCAGCCGACCAGCGCCUCGUGCCCCGUUCUCGAAGAUACGCGUGGUAUCGAUGAGCAGCUGAAUGUCUGCCGCGCCGUUCAGCAAAGCCUCUGCGAUCGCGCGCUGGCCUUUCACGGCCACGUGCUCGACAUCUCCUCGCCGCAGCCGCUUAAGCGCGGCGUCAAGCGCUUGGUUUGCCCCGACGUGUCCACCAUGGACGAGGAGGAGCGCGAGAGGGCCAUGCGGGCGAUGAAGGAGAGUAUCAUCGAGCGCGGGGGGGAGGCCCGCGGCUCGAGCAUCGACCUGUUGUCCCCGGCGCGCCCGCCAGCCGCCGACGUCUCCUCGCAGGAUAUCGCCGCGGCGAUGGCCGAGGGCGCGGCCGCCGCUUCAGGCGACGAGUGGUCCUUCCCGCAAGUGGGCGAGGGUUCGGCCUCUGACUGA